AUGUUUUGGUACGGCGAUACAAGGGCAUCAGUCUGUUCCUUAGAAACACUAUGCAUACGCCAUUUCGGGAUUCUGCCUGAUGAAAACUACUGCUCAAUAAAAAGUUGUUUGAGUACAACAGCGACCAGGCGAAUCGAGGAGCUGCGUGAAAGCGUCAAAAUCUUUGUGAAUAAACAUCAAUGCAUAAAAGUUACUAUUGAUCCCCGGUGGAUCAAAGUAACAGAUGAGGGUGCUUUGGACUGGAAAAAAACAACCAGCUAUUCUUUUAAGUUCCUCAAUGACCCUUUGGAAGCAUUUAUCUUUGGUGCGUGCAACGCUAUGUACACGGAGUGCAAAGUACUGUGGGAAACAUUUGAUGAGGAAACCCGAGAAAAACUGCGAUCUCACAAGAAUGGGGUAGUUCAUUUUGCAGUCAGGAGAAUGCUACGAGGCCGUCCCUAUUCAUUCAGAAAACCAUUUCAAGCAAUCGCGUGCGGUUGGCCACUGGUAGCACUAAGCGGUCUGGAGAAAGACAAUGAAGUUUUCUUCUACACAAACUGGAUAUUUAUUUUCGCAGUGAACUCGCAGAACUAUCAUAUGUUUGAACUGCUUUUGACACCUCAAUUACUUGGUUUGUACGAGUUCUCAUGGGGAUGGUUUUCUAAAGCGAUCAAGAAAACCCAAGGACUGCCGAUGAACUGGCAAUGGAGAGCACUCCUCAUACUUAAGCAAUACAUUCAGGCGUCAAGAAAGCCAGGAUUGAAUCCGGCAGAAGUAGAGGAAAUUGAAACUGCUAGCACAGAGGUGAACGAAGCUCUGGCGCUGCUUGUCAAAAAAAACACAAAGACAGUACACCAAAUCUAA